AUGGGCGGGACAAGCGGGGAAGAAGCCAUUGAUUUGUAUACACGGGAGACUAUGUCGAAGCAAUUGCCGAACGCUCAAAGAGAUGUCGAAGCCCUUGUUCUUCCAUCCAAAUGCCACGAUACUGGACGGUUUUCUCUCCGAACGCUGGUGCAGUUUAUUGCCACUGUUGGCUUGCUGGCCACCGGGUACCAGUACAUUUGGCCCCAGUCUCUUGCACCUUCUGACGGCGAAGUGAUCACCAAAGAACAGCGGUUGGAAGAGUUUCAACGAUGCGCCAUCAAGAACCUAUUAGAUACCGGCUUGCCGUUCCUAGAAAAGGCUUCCCCAAUCGCAGUUCCUGAUUUCCAGGAGCGGCGAGAUCGAUUAGCGGAAGCGCUGGUGGCCGAGGACGUCGAUGCUUUCGUAGUGGAACCUGGCUACACCUUCAAGUAUUAUGGCAAUGUUAGCCAGCCAGAAUGGGAGGUUUGGGAGCCGGAAGAGCGCCCGUUCCUGAUGGUUGUUCGUCCCGUCUUGGAUCAGGCGACAAGCCAAGUAAGGGCAAACACAACGUUCCUCUGUCCAUCCUUUGAAGCCGAGCGAGCCCGUCUGUUAGAUAUGCCUUUUACUGAAGAGAUCCAAAUUGUCCCUUGGGAGGAGCAUUGGGACCCGUACAGCACUCUUCAGCAGUCAGACGUAUUCCUUGGUGUUAGUCGUGUGCCACGCUUAAUGGUCGACGAGGAAAUGCGAGACUUCAUUCAACGAGGACUGGGAUCUGCGGGAUUUGAGGUAGUUGGCCUGCGCGGUCAAGUCGAAGAGGUGCGGCAGAUCAAGACUGCGCAUGAGGUCGAGAUUCUCCGUGCAGUCAAUACGGGUACCGUUGAAGCCGUCCGAGAGAUGAGAAAAUGCGAGUCAAAGGGCAACUCAGCAAGAUGGUUCAAUGAUUCAUCAGGUCUCUAUCCCGGAUUGACCGAGAAUGAAAUAGCCACCGUGCUUGACAACGCCCUUCGAGCAGCUGGAAUGGAGCCAUUCUUCGACAUCGUGCUCUUUGAUGAGAAUGCAUCAAACCCCCAUGGCGGAACGGAUGGAGAAAAGGUUCUGGAGCCAGAAACAUUUGUCCUGAUUGAUGUCGGUGCUCAUCUCUACGGGUAUUCUUCGGAUAUUUGCCGUACUUUCUUCCCUCCGUUUCUCGAGAAGCCUUCAAAGAGUGCCCCCUUGUCGCCAAAUUUGAAGGAGAAGCUCAAGGUUUGGGAUGUUGUAUUUGAGGCGCAAACACAGUCGAUCCAUCAUAUGAAAGAAAAUCUCACGGCGGCAAGUGUCGAUAUUGCUGCCCGAGAUAUCAUUACCAAGGCUGGUUAUGGCGGAACUUUCACACAUCGGGUUGGUCAUGGAAUUGGCAUCAAAGCCCACGAAAGUCCAUAUCUCAAUAAAGGCAAUUUCAACACUCUGCUCAAAACAGGCAUGGCGUUCACAUCCGAACCCGGUAUUUACUUGGUUGAUAAAUUCGGUGUGCGACAUGAGGACAUACUGCUUGUUCAGGGCAACGAAGAGCCACAGCUUCUGACAGGUAGCAGAGCCCAGGGACCUUGGGACCCUUGA